CUGCGUCCCUACUUUUUUCUUCCUCAGUCCUGGCACCACCAGCAAGUCAUUCUUCCUGCACGCAGCCAAGGAUCAACAGCAGCCUCCUCCUCCUCCUCACUCCUCACUCUCCUCUCGCUCUCUCACACACACCUCUCAGUUGCAUCUGAGCUCAGCCAGCACUAACAGAGGCUCUAAAGAAAACACACACACACACAAAAGAAAAACCAUAAGAGCACCAGGAUGCGGAUGAGUGCUUCCAGCGUGCCGGCAGUCGCCUCCCGCCGUCACGUCCAGGCUGCUUGGAAGCUCACUUUCCCUCUGCUUCUCCUGCUGCUCCCGGGCAGAGACGUCCAGGGUGUCCCCUCUCCUUUCCAGCUGGCUCCUGACACCCCUGCCCCGGCCGAGCCCACCCCGACCCAACCCACGCCUCGCCCGGACCCCUGCGAAGGCCGGCCCUGUCUCAACGGUGGACUCUGCCUUGCCCUGCCGCCUCCUCUCAGGCUGGAGAACAGCUGGGAAUACACAUGCACCUGCAGCCAGGGCUUCACUGGACGCAACUGUGAGUUUUUCACAGACCCCUGUGCCAGCAGCCCUUGUCUCCAUGGAAACUGCAGCCGGAGCGAAGGCGGGGAGGAGGGCGAGCCGGCCUACUCGUGCGAGUGCACCGAAGGCUACGAGGGAGAGAGGUGCGAUCAGAUCUCGCUGGACCUGCUGCCCGCAGCCGACUGGGGCCCGGCCACCCCCUCCGCUCCCGAGCUGGCCACGCCGGUGACCUCCACCACGACGGGCCCCACUGUGCACCAGCAGCCGACCACGGUCCCUGUCACCGCCACGCCGGCGCCUCCCACCCUGCAGCCGUGGCGGCCCAAACCCGGGCAGAGGCUGCUGGUGGUGCAAUGGGACGCUGACAGGGUCACUGAGGGUCUGCACUGUGUGAGCCCGGAGCUGUGUGAGCUGACAUCAGGAACCCUGACUCUGUCUCUGGAGGUGCCUGAAGAGACCGCUGUGAAGGUGCUGGUGAAUGCCAGUGGAGCUCCAGUGCUGUGGCGUGUGAGUGAAGAGGGCUUUCUCCGCUCCUCUAUUCUGAACGGUACCACCAUAUGGUUUCUGCAGGCCGCCGAUGGCCUGGUGGUGCCAGACCGUUUGCUGCCCCUGGGACAGAACUACUUCCUUAGUGUGAUCCGGGUUGGAGCUCCCACGGCUCCGGAGGUCACCCUGCGUCUCAACCUAACGGUGAAGGCCAGCAGCUGCGUGGAGCCCGGCAGCAGCUUCAGUGACCCUCAGUGUUCGGGGAAAGGAAAAUGCGUCACGCAGCCCUCUGAGAGCACCUUCUUCUGCGAGUGUGAAGACGGCUACACGGGGAUUUUCUGUGAAGAGCUCGACGCCUGCCACCACCGGCCUUGCCGGAACAACGGCACCUGCGCUGACGUUAGACAAGGUGGCGAGGGACAAAACUUCACGUGUACCUGCCAGCCAGGUUAUGAAGGCGAGCGCUGCCAGAUGCUGGUUGACCACUGUCUCUCCCAGCCUUGUAAGAAUGGAGCCACCUGCUUCAGCAGCUUGGCAGGACCCAGGUGCUACUGUCCCGAAGGCUACCAAGGCGCUACAUGUGAGCAGAAGGUGGACCCGUGUGCCUCCAGCCCCUGUCAUAAUAACGGGACGUGCUACGCCCAGGGCCCCGGACCCCUGGGAUUUGGCUGCAGCUGCACAGCGGGCUUCACCGGCCCCACGUGUGCCCAGCUGGUGGACUUCUGCACCCUGAACCCCUGCGCCCACGGAGUCUGCCGCAGUGUGGGCAACAGCUACAGGUGUCUGUGUGUUCCAGGCUACCAUGGCUUGUACUGUGAGGAGGAGUACAAUGAGUGUCUAUCUGCGCCCUGCCAGAACUACGCCACCUGUAGGGAUCUCAUUAAUGCCUACGAGUGUGUCUGCACGCCACAGUUUGAAGGCAGGCACUGCGAGAUCUACAAGGACCCCUGUGUGAACAUACGCUGCCAGAACGGAGGCCGCUGUGAGAGCAGCGUACUUAAUGCUUCUUGUGCGUGUCCCCCCGGAUACGUAGGGGAAGAGUGCGAGGUCGACAUCAAUGAGUGCGAGAGCAACCCUUGUCACCACGGCGGCACCUGCAUCGACCAAUCAAACGGAUACACCUGCCACUGCCCGCUUGGGUGGGUCGGCCCCAGCUGUGAGAUCCACCUGCAGUGGAAACCAGCACACACCGAGGAGACCCUGACCAACAUGCCCCGCCACUCGCUCUACAUCAUCAUCGGGGCUCUGUGCGUGGCGUUUGUCCUCAUGCUCAUCAUCCUCAUCGUGGGCAUCUGCCGCAUCAGCCGCAUCGAGUACCAGGGAUCGUCGCGCCACGCCUACCAGGAGUUCUACAACUGCCGUAGCAUCGACAGCGAGUUCAGCAACGCCAUCGCCUCCAUCCGCCACGCCAGAUUUGGGAAGAAGUCUCGGCCUGCCAUGUACGACGCCACCCCCAUCGCCUACGAGGACUACAGCCCAGACGACAAACCUUUGGUUACCCUCAUUAAGACAAAGGAUUUGUAAAACUCUGCCAUGUCAAAACCAUCACACGCUAAUUUGCAUACACAGAUUACAAAACGUUACACGUCCAUUAGAAUGAAAACGUUUCUUAAUACAAAUGUAACAGCAACUCAUAUUUGAAUGUAAAGAAGUAAAAGAAACAUGGUGUAGCUAAAAAGUAACAAAUCUGGAGUUUGAUACCAUAUCUAUUUUCCUGAGGAUAAGGCUUUGUAGUAGCAUACUUUGCAAUACUUUUAAGUUGCAGACAAUACGCAGCAUUUGCAGUAACCUCUGCUGCACAAUAAAUAGUUGGUUUUACGUAGUCUGAACCAGACGUUCGAUCAAUCUGUAGGCGAGGCCCAACUCAUAAAUGCAGUAGACGGCAUCGACCGCAGUUCUUCAAAGUGUUUUAGAAUUAGCCACACUUCAUGUUUUCUUUCAGUUAAAAAAUUGAAAACACUUGCAGUAGGUUGCCUUACUUUGUGCAUGAUAAAAUUUGAUGUUCUCCUUGCAACAUUUUUAAACCCUUUGUAACUGGUUGUUGCUCUGAUCUCUACGCUGCCUCCCACAGUUAUUGGCACCAGCGUGAAAGAUUGAUUUAGCACCUUUUAAAUGAAUUAUUUUUUUUUUGUUUUUGUUUUGAAUGAAUGCAUUUUGCAGUACCAUAACACAGCUCUAUUCAAUAAAUUAGAAUGUUUUUAAAAAAUGUAUUUAUUUGAGUAACUCAAAUCACUAAAAGUGAAUGACAUUAAAUUAAUUCAUUUAUUAAAUUACACACAGAUGGAUGUUUAAAAGCCUUUAAUUCUGUUUACUAGGAUGAGUUUCCACUUGUAGUUAAUGAAAACGUGACUUUUAAAAUUAGAAUAGUACGUCAGACCAAUAAGAGACAGAAAUGUGCACUUGAAAAGUAUGCUUAAGACUUGCUUUAAGCGUUUUAUCUUCAGAAGGUACUUUUAAUCUGACAAACCAGCCUCUUCAUGACAUGUGUUUUAAUUUAUUGAAUAUGACCAAAUAACACUGACAAGCUUUGAAAAGUCCAACCUUCAAUUUCAGUACUUUAAUUAGAUAAUUGUUACAGCAAAAUCCGUUGUGGUGUCGAAACUUUGCAAAUCACCCGUUUGCAGAGAGAACAGCACCAAAUCUUCUCCUUAAACAUUUCACAGGGUUGAGGCACAGAGAGAGAGAGAGAGAGAGAGAGAGAGAGAGAACCUUGUACACUAAUCGCUGCGAAAUCUCUCCAUGAUUGUGUAGACUAGAGUCCUGGGUCUUCUUUUAUGCGCUCUUUUCUUCCCAUCACCCUGGACUUUGGGUUUUAUGCCUGGGAACUGUGGAAGAAGGUUGUUAUUGUGUCUGCCGAACCAUUUCUAGGUCGAUCUGACCUUGUGUUUUGGAUCAUUAUGCUGUUAAAAGACCCAAUGAUCUGGUUUCAUUUUUGUAGAAGUUUUAUUUUAUUUUUUUUAUCUACGUCUCCUCAUAUUUGACAAAUGCCAUGUACCUUAAGGAGGCCAUUGGAAGAGAACCUCCCCCAUACUAAACAGUGAGGAUGGGAGACUUUUCCCACACAUUUAUAUAUUUUUUUACGCUAGAGCCAGCUAGAGUAUUUGUUGUGUUAAAGCUCAACCUUAGUCUCAUCUGAUCAAUCUAUUCUACUUCAAGUCUUAGUGGUGUUCAUCUCAUUUCCCACAUUUCUGUCUGUGUACGUAACACGGAAAAGUUCUUUUUUUACCCUGUAAUUCCUCUGAAACAACCAAUUAGUAUUUGGAUAAUGCCGAAUGGAAAUCCGGGGAUCACAAGAUGCAACUCUUUCCUACAGUUCUCUAUCUGUGAGCUUUGAAGAGUUUUUCACCUCCCUUAUCCUGCUGCUUAGAGUGCCAGGUACCAAAUAUGUUAGCCAUUUCCUACCUUUAGAGAUCAGCUCAUAACUGCUUAUCCUGAAUGGUAUGUUUUCCCGUCGUUCCCAUUUUCAAAAUCGGCUAAGACUUGGAUCCCACCAAACCCCAUUGAAUAGAUGUACUAUAAUUAAAGGUUGGAUUUUUCAAAAAAUCAUCAGCGUGAGAUUAUGCUACUAAAAGAAAAGGUGAAUAUGUGUCAAGGCCUUGUCAAUGUCUUCGAGAGGAGUGGCAAUAGCUGUGGACGGCUCUGUAGAGGCAGACGUAUUAUUCUCUGUCGAGACUGUGCCAAAUGUUUUCUUUAGGUAUGCUGUGGUUAGUAGACGAAAUCCGAUCAUGUAUAAAAUACUAGUCACAAGUUUUUUCUUUUUCUAUUCGUCCUGUUCAAUACAAGUUUCUCAGUGGUGUAUGAAUAGUAAAGUAAAUGGGUCUACUAGAACUACCCUACAAACCUACUCUGUGUAUUUCAGUGAUGUAUAGGAUAAUAGGUGGAUAUAUUUCUCACUGCACAAAAAAGAUAGCUGGUUUCACUAAAUGUACCUGCUAACAAACUCACCUCUGGUACCGACAGCGCUGAAAAGCUUCUUGAUGCACGUUUCUUUGUGAGAUUGGGCUCUCUGACACCACUGUGGAGGAGAGCGAGGAGGAGGAGGAGGAGGAGGAGGAGGAGACUGACAACGAUGGUAUCUAUUCCAGAACAUACUUUUUGUGCUUGUGUGUUUCUGCCGGUGGAAAGCUUUCUGUCUGUGCAGCUAUGUCGUUCCCCUCAAGGUCGGACAGUGUACCAAUGAGUGCCGCGAAUCCUACUAUUUAUUUUUCUCACUUCAAACACAGUUUUGACCUGAUUACCAAUUAUCUAUGUUGAAUUAUGUAUACAAUAAAGUGCUCAUAAUCUUA